AUGGCUCAAGUUGGGCGUCCCGGUCGCGUUCCAGUGGGACCAGAGCGGUUCUUCUACGACAAGAGCACCUACACCGGAACGCACAGCAACGGCGGCCCGGAGCGCGUGGCCAAAGGCGGCGGCAGCUCCGUCGAUCAAUCGUGGAAGAGGCCCUCAAUAGAUUCGACUGGGGACGCCGCUGUGGGCUCCGGCAGACCAGCUCGCGCAGCGGUGGGACCAGAGCGGUUCUUUUACGAUAAGAGCACUUACACGGGCACGCAUGUUAACGGCGGCCCGGAGCGCGUGGCUAAAGGUGGCGGCAGCUCGGUCGAUCAGACGUGGAAGAGGCCCUCAAUAGAUUCGACCGAGGAUGCUGCCGUUGUCUCAGGAAAGCCAGGGCGCGUUGCGGUGGGGCCAGAGCGCUUCUUCUACGACAAGAGCACCUACACGGGCACGCACGUUAACGGUGGCCCGGAGCGUGUGGCUAAAGGCGGUGGAAGCUCCAUCGAUCAGUCAUGGAAGAGGCCCUCCAUUGAUUCGGCUGAGGACAAGGAUCACCUCGCCCGCGUCACCUUGCUCUCCCAAGGCCAGGGAGCUCGUCCUCCCAGCCCCUUGCGAACGAGCGCAGAGAAGGCUACGACUCCUCGACUCGCCAAUGCUUCUCGACCCAGCUCUCGCGGACGUCCCGGAUCCAAGGGACCGGGCACCGGCCGGCUCGUCGGGCCUGAGCGCUUCUUCUAUGACAAGAGCACCUACACCGGAACGCACACCCGCGGUGGCCCCAGCUCCGUGGCCAAAGGCGGUGGCAGCUCUGUCGACCAAUCCUGGAAGCGGCCGGUCUAA